CUCAACCUGUCCCACAACCUGCUCCCCCGCCUGCCCCCCGCCGCCUUCGCCCCCCUCCCCCGCCUCCUCCUCCUCGACCUGGCCCACAACUUGGUGGCCACGGUGGCCCCGGGGGCUUUCGGGGGGUUGGGGGCUUUGCUCACCUUGAACUUGAGCCACAAUCGUUUGACCCAUUUGCCCGAAGGCUCCUUUUCGGGUUUGGGCAACCUGACGGGGCUCCUGCUGGCCCACAACCCCUUGGCCACCCUCUCCCCCGCCGCCUUCUUGCCCUUGGCCAACCUGAGGUGGCUAGUGCUGCGGGGGGGCCGCUUGCCCGCCCUGGGGCCGGUGGCCGCCGCCGUGGGGCACUUGCCCAAUCUCCAGCUCUUGGAUCUUUGUGGCAACCGGCUCUCGGCCUUGGGCCCGGGGCCACCGCUCCCCCCGUCCCUGCUAGCCCUCCUCCUCUGCAACAACUCCCUGGGGGGGCUAGCGGGGGCCGGCCCUGGGCUACCACCCCCGGCCCUGGGGCUCCUGGAUCUCUCCUACAACAACAUCUCGCGAGCCUCCGCCUUCGCCCCGCUCCGUUUGGGCAACCUCAGCCGCCUCUUGGUGGCCGGCAACCCCCUGGACCCCCUGGGGCUACUGGAAGCCACCGACCUGCGGCCGCGCAGCCUGGACGUCUCGGGCUUGAGGCUGGAGGUGGCCCAGUUGGGCCAGUUCUGCCGGCGUUUGGGGGCCACCCCCCUGAGGAGCCUCCGGCUGCGCCGCAACGGCCUGCGCCACUUGCCCAACGGCUCGUUGGCCGCUUGCCCCCCGGCCACCACCUUGGACCUGACGGGCAACCGCUUGCGGCGAGUGGGUUGCCUGGGGGGGCUACUGGGAGCCGGUGGGGGGAGGGGGAAGCUGAGGGAGGUGGUGAUAGAGCACAACCUGCUGCGGUGGCCACCGCUCUGCUCGGGGUGGCCACCGUUGCCCGGGGUCCGCAACCUCUCCCUGCGCUUCAACCGCAUCGGGGGGUUGGGGCCGGGGGCUUUCGCCGAGACCCCCCGCCUGCGCCUCCUGCGCCUCGACCUCAACAGUUUGGCUCGGCUGGACCCCCGGGGGCUGCGGGGGCUACGGUGGCUACUGGAAUUACGGUUGGACAACAACCUCCUGACCGAUCUGCCCCCCGGCGCCUUCUCCCCGUUGCGGCGCCUCGAGACCCUCAACCUCCGCAACAACCGUCUCUCCGUCCUCUUCCCGGGGGUCCUGGGGGGGCUCCCCCACCUCCAGACCUUGGAUUUGGGGGGCAACAACCUGCGGCAUUUGGGGGGGAAGGCCUUGGGGGGGUUGGGGGGGUUACGGCGGCUCUACCUGGACAGGAACCGGUUGUUGGAGGUCAACGCCGAGACCUUCCAGCCCUUGGGGGUCUCCUUGGAGGUUUUGGACUUGGGGGGCAACGCUCUGCGCUACCGGAGCCAGCGCCUGGGCCAGCGCCCCCCCUUCCAGGCCCUGGGGCGACUGCGGCUACUGAAGCUCCAAGGUCAACGGCCCUUCGGGUUGCACAUCGUCCCCCAACGCCUCUUCCAGGGUCUCACCUCCCUCCGCUCCCUCUCCUUGGCCCAAAACGGGCUCUUGGCCAUCGCGGCCGACGCUUUCGAUGACUUGGGCCAGUUGGAAUUCCUGACGUUGGCCGACAGCGGCGGGGGAGGGGGCGACCUCCCGGCCGGGGUCUUCAAGAACUUGAGCGCCCUGCGCAGCCUGGACCUGGAGAACAUGGGGUUGAGGAGCCUGGGACCCCAAGUUUUCGGCAACCUCAGCCGUUUGGAGAUGCUCCUGUUGGCCCGCAACCAGCUGAGGGGGUUGGACAAGGGGGUGGCUACCGGGGGGCUACCGGCCCUGCGCUACCUGGACCUGAGGAAGUGUCCCCUCAGCUGCGCCUGCGACAACGCCUGGUUGCCCACCUGGUUGGAGAACGGCCCCGUCCAGGUGGUCUAUCUCUACAACUACACCUGCAGCGGGGGCAGCGGGGCCUACCUGCACAACUUCGACACCCGCGUUUGCUUCCUGGACCUGGGCCUCUACCUCUUCUCCGCCACCUCCCCGCUGGUGGCCCUGGCGCUGGCCCUGCCCCUGCUCUACCACCGGGGCUACUGGCGCCUGCGCUACCACCUCUACCUCCUGCGGGCCUGGGCCAACGGCCGCUGGCGCCCCGAGCGCCGCCGCUUCCUCUACGACACCUUCGUCUCCUACAACUCGGCCGACGAAGGUUGGGUCUUGGGGGAACUUGUCCCUCAACUGGAAGGAGAAGGUUCUUUACGCCUUUGUCUCCACCACCGGGAUUUCCGGCCGGGCAGGGCCAUCGUGGACAACAUCGUGGACGCCAUCUACAACAGCCGCAAGACGGUGUGCGUGGUGAGCAGGGGCUUCCUGCGCAGCGAGUGGUGCUCCCUGGAGAUGCAGUUGGCCACCUACCGCCUCUUCGAGGAGCUCAGGGACGUCCUGGUCCUGGUCUUCCUGGAGCCCCUGCCCGAGGCCGAGCUCAGCCUCUUCCACCGCGCGCGCCGCGUCCUCCUGCGACGCACCCACCUCCGCUGGCCACAGCACCCCCAGGAGAGACCCCUCUUCUGGGCCAAGCUCAUCCACACCUUGCGCGGCGGGGGCCGGGAGGAGGAGGAGGAGGAGGAGGAGGAAGGGGGGAGGAAGGUCACCAGAGGCACGAAGGUGUCACCCCCAGUGACAUCUUCCAGGGCGCUGGAAAAGUAA